AUGGGCUGGUAUUGGGGUCCGUUGAGCUUUCAAGAGGCGCAAAUCCUGUUGGCUAAACGACCUGACGGAACAUUUCUGGUUCGAGAUAGCGGACACGCCACCUAUAUCCUAAGUCUGAGUUUCCGAGUCCGAGGUGAAACGUAUCAUACGAGGAUUGAACACAGCCAAGGUCGGUUUAGCUUCUGGUCCCAACCGCAAUCGCACAGUGCCAACACCAUGGUUGAAUUCAUUGAGAAAGCGGUGGCUCAUUCAAUAAGCGGACAGUUCCACUAUUUUCUACAAAGCAGCGCUCAAGGUCAACCUCCUGUGGAAGUUCCACUACUCUUUCCGCUCUCUCGGUUUCAGGUGGUCCCCUCUCUAAGGCAUCUGGCUCGGUUCACUAUACUAUCAUUCGUCCGUCGAGACCACAUUGAUGAACUCCCACUGCCCAAAACACUACUGUCUUAUUUGAAAGAGAAGCAGUUUUAUGUGGAAUCUUUGGAAGCAUUUGAAGAAGCGAUCCGGGAUCGACCACCAUUGGAAUUUCGACCGCGGCCAAUUGUCCCUGAGCAGGUGGUGAACAGAACCUCUACUCCGCGUCAUUUAAACAGCGUGAGUGUGGUCAGCCAAGAUAGCAGCAGUAGUAGCAGCAGCAACAAUACUGGAUCAACCAUAGCACGCAAUCCUUCGUAG